AUGGCGGCGCAGCGGCGGCGGCCCGCGGCUGGCGUGGGAGCCCGGGACGCGCUCGCGGUGCUGGCGCUGGCCUUGUGUGCUCCCGGGGUGGGCGGCGGGGCGCUCGAGUGGUACUCGGCCAUGGUGAGCAUCGAGUUCGUAGACCCGGAGUCGAACCUGACGGUGUGGAUCAAGUCCGAGAGCGGCCGCUUCGGCGACAGCUCGCUCAGGGAGAAGAGGCAGGGCCUGGUGGGCGUCCCGCGCGCGCCCGCGGACGCGGAGGGCUGCGCGCCCGACACGCGCUUCGUGGCGCCCGGCGCCCUCGGCAACGCGCCCUGGGUGGCGCUGGUGGCGCGAGGCGGCUGCACCUUCAAGGACAAGGUGCUGGCGGCGGCGCGGAGGAACGCCUCGGCCGUGGUGGUCUACAACCAGGAGCGCUACGGAAACGCCACCGAGCCCAUGUCGCACCCGGGAACAGGAAAGAUAGUCGUCAUUAUGAUUAGCUACCCAAAAGGACGAGAAAUUUUUGAUCUGGUGCAAAAAGGAAUUCCAGUAAAAAUGAGCAUAGAGAUUGGUGCUCGCCAUAUGCAGGAGUUCAUCAGCGGUCAGUCUGUGGUGUUUGUGGCCAUUGCCUUCAUCACGAUGAUGAUUAUCUCAUUAGCAUGGCUAAUAUUCUAUUAUAUACAGCGUUUCCUAUAUACUGGCUCACAGUUUGGAAGUCAGAAUCAUAGAAAGGAAACUAAGAAGGUCAUUGGCCAGCUUCCACUCCACACUGUGAAGCACGGAGAGAAGGGAAUUGAUGUUGAUGCUGAGAAUUGUGCAGUGUGUAUUGAAAACUUUAAAGUCAAAGAUGUUAUCAGAAUCCUGCCAUGCAAGCAUAUUUUUCAUAGAAUAUGCAUUGACCCAUGGCUUUUGGAUCACCGAACGUGUCCAAUGUGUAAACUUGAUGUCAUCAAAGCCCUGGGAUAUUGGGGGGACCCUGAGGAUCCACAGGAGCUACCCAUCCCGGAAGCUGCCCCAGGAAAUGUUUCUGUUGGGAAUCUGAGUGUGACAUCCCAUGAUGAGGAGAGGAGUGAAAGCAACCUUCCAUCAUCUUCCUCAAGCGAGUCUGGGCCACACCGCCCCUGUCUUAAAGAAGAUGCAGGGGAAGACACAGCAUUACUAGGAGCCAGCAGGAGUGACCCUCAGCACGGAGGAUCCGUAUGCUAGCACCGUCCUCACUGACAGCCUCACCGACAGAGCCUUGGCUUGAAUACAGGACAUUCAGUUUUUUACUCUAAGGCAUAGUUUGUAUACUUGAAAACAGUGGAUUUUAUUUUACUUUACCUUUCAGAUUCAGGUUUGAUAUACAAAGGGCUGAGAUAUUUUAUUCCUAAAAGACUUUUAAUUAGCCUUCACCUAUUUAUCUACUAAAGUAUGUUUAUCGUAGAUUUUGUUGUGUCAAACUGUCACAGAUGUAUAUGGAGGGGUUGUUCCUGAGUACUAGACUAGCUUCUGUGGUACUAUAAAACAAGAUUCUGUUUCUCAGUCUUUUAAGACAGAGCUCACUAAGUUGAAUUGUGAAAUGUAGUUCCUUAUUGAUCACAUGAACGUUCCCUGAAGCAGAGACUGUAGAAGGUGUACAUGAGAAACUUGCCAUGGGCAGUGGUACAUGCCUGCAAACUCAGGAGCCUGAGGCAAGAGGAUCUUGAGUUCAAGCCUACCUUGGGCUAUGUAGCAAGACUGCUACGGAGGGUUAAAGGGAGAGAGAAGUGUCUUGCACUAUAUUGUCUAUAGAGACUUUAGAACCGCGCCUGCGUUUUUAUUAUGUGGAACUGUGAAAGGAACACUAGAUGAUUUUAUGAUUCGCAUCUUUACCUUUAUAAAAUCUUUAUGAUUUUUACCUUUAUUGCCUAAUUUCUUUUCACUUGGAAGGAGAAGGGAAUUUAUCCAUGUUUUUCUACAAAUUAAAAAAUACUGGCAAAAAUGCCAUAUUGCAUGUUAAAAAGCAUUAAAAUAUUGAUUCGUUAAGAAAAUCAAGUAGGCAUACUGUAAUGUUUUUAAAUGAUUAGUAUAUUUCAGUGGGUUUAAUCUUUACAAGUAAAAAUAUUUAAUUAAAAUUUUUAUUUUGUUGUUAGACUGAAGUAACAUUUUCCUAAUGAGAUUUUAAGCCGAGUCAAUACUGUGACCUUGUAUCCUUUCCUGCUUGAUGUUCUCACCGUGAAGUCUUUAAAGACUGUUGUCUGAGUUCUAUAUAGUGCUUAGAUACACACUUUCAAGAGCGAGGAGUCUUUUGUUGUUGAUUCUAAACUUGUAUGUCUACUUUGUAGACAAAAAUAAAUGCUUAUUGACAAAAAUUUUUCUAUGUAACAAAUUUUAUUUAACAUAAUCAGCCCCAAUGUUGAGCACAAAAAGUUUACAGAGGAUAGAAAGUGCAUUAAUAAAAGCUAGUCUUUAUGCAAAGGAAAGAAAAUACGUUCUUGAUCAAAAUAUUUUACACUUCAGUGAUAAACUGAGAAAGCUUUUAUUUUUUUAAAGUUGACUUUAUGUAUAUGAGUACUUUCCUGCAUGUACAUCUGUGCGUCAUCUACAUGCCUAAUGCCAAGAGAGGCCAGAAGAGGCUGUCAGAUCUGCUGCAACCGGGGUUACAGAGGGCUGUGAACUGCUUUGUGGGCACUAGGUAUUGAACCUGAGUUCUCUAGGAAAGCUGCCAGUGCUUUUAGACACUGAACCAUCUCUCCAGCCUAAAAAAGAAUGCUUUAAGAAGUUGGUCUCUGCCCCUCCCCUUUGGGAAAAAAAAAAGAAGAAGUUGGUCUCUGGCUGACAGCACACUUCAGUAGGGGGUCACUGACGCAUGGUCUGUGUUGUGCUUUGCAUUAAUGUCCUCAGCUGGAACUGUCUACAGGACAGGAGACAGACAUGAGUCAGGAACACAUCCAGGUCUGUUACUCUAUCUGUGAAGGCUUCUGCCAAGUAAAAGAUACAUGUCUUCAUAGCAUGAAGUUAGGAAUAACUUCACCAUUCUCAGAUCUAUCUUCCAUCUUCUCCAGGGCAAAACUUGGUCUUUUGUCUUUCUUCACAAGUCCUUCUAGUUUAACUAACUGUGAUCCAUCUGACUGCUGAGGGAUGCUCGGAUAGUGUCCUCACUGAAAGUUUCAUCACCUCUGGGACCAACAGUAGUUACAGGAGCCUCGAAAAGCAGUGAGAUCACCUCUAGCUGAACAGUGAUGUGAAAACUGGAGGCAGUGUCCUGACACAGAAGCUAUUUCCUGUGGUUUCUGCUCUCCCGGCUUUCACUCUCAGCGCUGACCUUGACUCUCCCAGCAGAGUACUUGAGCUGUGACCAGGUGAUCUCACCUUGCAGGUGAUUUGAAGACUGAAGUUGGAUUAAAAAACUUUGAUGAAGUUACUUAACCCAUAUUAAACUCACUCAAUUUUACUUAAAAGUUGGUUGUAGUUAUUCAACCUCAAGAUUAUAACUUGUUGCCCAGGCUGCCCUCAACUUUCUGGGUUAAAACAAUCGGUUGUAGCUGGGACUACAGGGCUGCACCAGUGUGUGCACCUUGUCUUUAUACACGCUAAGAGCCAUGUAGUGGUGUUCCAAGCUUGACGUAUGUACAUCUAAUGUUUGCCAAGCACAACUAUUCUUUGUGAACAGUCUGUUUUCCUAGUGAACACCAAGAUUGUGAUCUUGACCUUCCUCAUUGUAGUGUCCUUAAUUGAGACAUUUGUUUGGGAUUCCAAAAUCAACAGACAACUUGCAAUUUUCCUGUGUGCCACAGCACAGCUUGUUUUUGAUACACAAAAGCAUAAAAAUUUUGUGUUGCUUGUGCCUUUUUGCUGAAGCUUUCACUGCAAAGAUCUCUUCCAAGCUCUCGUACCCUAUGGGGGUGAAGGGGGGGAAUUGUGUUUGUCUUGACAAUUUCAUUUUUUAAAAUGAAUGAACAUAUAAAGAAUUACCAUCUCCUGGUGUAAGCUUAAUGAAGCUGUGACAAGCUUCAUGGACAAAGUACAUGUUAAAUAAAGCUUCAGGGGUUUUUGUUCAUGGA